UGCAUUGUGGUAACAGCGGGAGAUCGAUCUCUUUUUUGUCUAGCACCAAGUCAGGAAAAAUACAGGAUAAGAAGUUCUUCCUUCGCGGGUGAACUGAGAUACAUUCCAAGUCCAUCUUUCAGCCUUCAAUCAAAUUUGUCCAUCUCAAACCCAAAUUUCGUCUGUCAGUGACCAAUCCCUGUUUUACACACACAUCAAGAGACAAAAUGCGUUUCUCUGAGAUUGUUGCAAUCUUGCUCGCCACUAUUGCUGUUACAGUCGCAGCUCCUGCCCUUUCCAUACCUGAAGAUGUGGAGCUUCUCUUGGAGCGUGCUCCAGCUCUCGCUCUGAAAAGAGAGCCCGGAGUCAUUGCACUUAAUCGACGUGAGCCGGAAGAACGAAUCAAGCGGGAUCCAGAGGAGAGGAUCAAGCGUGAACCUGAAGAGCGCGUCAAGCGCGAUCCAGAAGAAAGGGUCAAGCGAGAGCCGGAAGAGAGAGUGAAGCGUGAGCCUGAGGAGAGAGUCAAGCGUGAACCCGAAGAGCGCGUCAAGCGCCAGCCCGAAGAGCGCAUCAGGCGCGAGCCGGAGGAACGUAUCAAGCGGAAUCCAGAGGAGAGGGUCAAGCGAGAGCCCGAGGAACGUAUUAAGCGAGUCCCAGAAGAGAGGAUCAAGCGGGACCCAGGAGAACGCGUCAAGCGCGAGCCUUGAUCAAAUCUUUCAACCUAGUAGAAACUAUCAUACCGACUCAGAGAUUAGGAGAUGGGUGCUGUGGGCGCUUAACUUUUCUUUAUCGUAUCUUGCCAUGAAUUGUUUCCCUUUUUUCUCGUCUAGUAGUUGAAAGUUUUCUUGUGUACCGAGAAAUUCUCCUUUUGAAUGGACC